CCUCCGCGAGGUCUGCCCUAACCAACCUAUAAGAAGUAGAGAUAUUUUUGCAGAGGUUACCUUCCGACUCUGUUCAGAGCUCAUUUCUCCAGCAGCCGCUCUUAAACCCUAAUCUCCUCUCCUCUCAUAUCUUUUCUCUCGUUCUCUUCCUCCUCCUCUGCGCAGCUUCUUGGAUAUCCAACAAGAUCAGCAUGGCAUUGUACAAUAAGUUUGGAAGCAUCUUGAAGCAGAGCCUUUCUGCAAAUGGGCAAGGUUCCAUGCUUAACUCUAUCCGCAGCAUGGCAUCAUCAACGAAGCUUUUUAUUGGAGGUCUCUCUUAUGGAACUGAUGACCACUCUCUGAAGGAUGCAUUUUCUAGCUAUGGCGAGGUGGUUGAAGCUAGAGUGAUCCUAGAUCGGGAUACUGGAAGAUCUAGGGGAUUUGGAUUUGUUGACUUUUCCAGCGAUGAAUCUGCCAGCUCAGCAUUGCAGGCCAUGGAUGGUCAGGAGCUUCAAGGGCGAAAUAUUCGUGUGAGUUAUGCAAAUGAGAGACAACCUAGAAGUGGUGGUGCUUUUGGCUCUGGCGGAUUUGGUGGGGGUUAUAGUGGCAGAGCUGCCGGGGGGGAGAGUUUCUGAGCAGUCUUUGCUUUUAGUUAUGGCCUUUCAGGUCACUCUGUUUUGGAGGUUUUUUGUGCUUUCUUUGAUUGCCUUCUUUCUGGAAAUUGUUGGAAGUGUUGGAUUUCUACUGGCCUUGUGAUCAACGCAUAUCGUAUAUAUUGCAGGCCAAGUUUCUAAUAUGAAUUGGUGUUCUUCUCUAGGCUAAUCA